GCACCGACGAUGGCGACCAAGUUCGACCCCCAAAACGCCCAGAACCUCGUCGAGAUCGAGAAGCAAUUCGCGGUCAAGGUCGUCGAGCACGCGCAGACGUACUGGCGGCUGCUCGCGCGCGUCAACCCGCGGGACCUGCGGCUGACGUCGAUCGACGACGAGAUAUACAAUGACCUGAUGGAGACGUUCCCCGAGCUCAACCAGGAGCCGUAUGAAAAGCUCGCCAAGAUCGACGAGGAGUGGAUGAAGAACCCCGAAGGCAAGAAGCGAUGGGCGGAGUUCAUGAACCGAUACGAGAAAAAGGUCAAGGACUACAACUUCGGCUGCCUCAUCCGGACGGAAGCGAGCGGCGAAUACAGCGAGCUCGGCACAAUAUUUGUACAACGCAUGCAAUUCUACGCCUUCGAGAUCGCCCGCAACCGCCUCGGCCUGAACGACCCCGCGCACAAGAUCGCGCAGGAGGACCUCGAGAAGGAGGAGGCGGUGAAGAGGGAGAAGGAGGAGGAGCGGAAGCGGGAGGCGAAGAAGAAGGGGAAGAAGUAGG